AUGCUGGUUGAGCAACAGCAGCACUUAACAAGCUUAUCAUCUCGGGACCAUUCUCAGCCAACAUCUCGCGUCAGUUCAUCGCCAUGCGCUGUAUCAAAUGCAAACCGUGGAUUGAUAAUCAGUGCUCCCGCGAAUGGCACGCAAGCCGCCGAAGACGAGCCUGUACAAUUCUCCUCGAAUUUGAGAGAGCCGUUGGACGUAGCAUCUGAACCGAUGAACAUUCCGGCUGAGCACAAGACCUCUUCAAGUUACCUCCUAGGUCUCCCAGCGGUAAAAAUGCUAGUGGGUGAGUAUCCAACAAACCUAUUCUUCCUCCUAGAGAGCCAGAGUCCUCUGCCACCGGAACUGUCUCCAGAACAGUCGCAGAAUCCGCUGCCUCCUUUUCAAGUUGAUCGAUCGGUGCUUGACCACCUAGUUACCACCUUCUUCUCGUCAGUACACGUUAGCCAUCCAGUAAUCGACCAGGCAGAGUUUACAGAAAUCUACGAAAGGUUCCUGGAGAAGGGAGCAGGCUCGAGCACUGAGUCAGCUUUAUGCAUGACAGUCUUUGCUUUGGGUGCUGUCUCCCGUCAACCGAUAGGUUCAUGCCAUCCACAGACUUCUCCUAAUGGUACAGGAUACAUGAAAUAUGCUCUACCAACGCUCAUGCUUCGCUCAUUGUGGUUGUUUUCCUUCGAUCUCACAUUAGCGCAAGCACUUGUCUUGGCGAGUGUCUACUUUGCAUAUAUUGUCCGUCCGCUUCACAGUUGGCGACUUAUAUACUUGGCUACUAAUCUCUUACAACUCAAGCUUUCAAGACUUGCCGAGCUAGAGCUUCCCAGAAGCAGUCUCCAGCAAUUGACAGAUGACGCAAACCUGCCGCAGUGCGGAAAUCUGGAUGAUCUUCACAUGACAGCCUAUCUGGCCGAGAUAUCAAUCCGACGACUUCUGAACCGCAUUCACAACUCCCUGUACCCAAGAACACCAACUUCUCUCAACAAGUCUCUUUCAUCAACCUCACUUAUGACACCAGAAGAGUUCUCUAUCGACGAGCUAACUUCAAUCACCUCUGUAUGUGAAGAAUUGCACCGUCAACUCGACCUAUGGCACGCAGCCAUCCCUGAGCCCUUCCGACCACCACUGAAUUUUGAAGAAAUAGAGAAUGACAGGAUAUCGAUACUGAGAAUUCGGUACUAUGCCGCCAGACAUAUUAUUUAUCGACCUUUUGUUCUUCAUGUGACAACGCACCCGAGCCCACACGUCUCGAGUGCAAUUGUUGAGAAGGCAGAUUCUUCGCGCUCCAAGUCAAUACACAUGGACUUUUGCACUAUCGUCGCUUGGGGCGGUGAUCAUACUGACAUUGUCAUCGCUCAAUUCUGA